AUGGAAGGUCAAAAAGCUAUGUUAGCUUGGGAGCAAAAGACACUGCAAAGGGAGCUCAGUCUUGGAAUGGAGGCGGCGAAAAAGCUUCAGGCACGACUUAGUGAAGCAUCGUCGCCGUCGUCAUCAUCUUCUUAUCCGGUGGCUGAGACCAACGAGACUCUCAUGGAGCAGAUACUCUCUUCAUACGACAAAGUUCUCGUCAUGCUAAACUGGUCUACCUCGCCGCCCGUACCAAUUAUUCCGGCAACUGUUGCGGUAGUUCCGGUGGUGAACUCCGGCGGAAUUCCUGAAUCUCCGGCGUCGAUUAACGGGAGUCCUAGAAGUGAAGAUGGAGGACGUUCCAGCGAGAGUCAUCGUCAAGAUCACAUUUUCAACUCCAAGAAAAGGAAGAUGUUACCAAAGUGGACAGAGAAAGUGAGAAUAAGCCCAGAGAGAGGCUUAGAAGGGCCUCAAGAUGAUGUCUAUAGCUGGAGAAAGUAUGGUCAAAAAGACAUUCUGGGAGCCAAGUUCCCAAGGAGUUACUACAGAUGCACACACCGUAGCACACAGAACUGUUGGGCAACAAAACAAGUCCAGAGAUCGGACAGUGAUCCAACGGUUUUCGAAUUAACAUACAGAGGGACACACACUUGUCAGCAGGGCACACCUCCUCCUCAUCCUCCACAAGCCUCGCCGGAGAAGCGAAACACCAGACCUAAACUCGCCGACGUUACUCAAAAGCCUAAUGACCUUCUCGAGAGUCUUAAAACUAGCUUAACGGUUCGAACCGAAGGACUCGACGACGCUGACAACGUCUUCUCCUUCCCUAAUACGCCGCCGUUUUAUGAUUACGGGACCAUCAACGACGAGUUCAGUUCUCCCAUCUUCGAUGUUGCUGAUUGGCUCAAUCCAACGGUCGAGAUUAACACGGCGUUUCCCACGUUUUUACAAGAGUCGAGCUAUUAUUAA